AAUUAAAAUGUAAAUGCAUAUGCAAAAACAAAAUUAAAAAAAAUAAAAUACCCGGUGUUUGCGUUAAACAGCUGAUCAGUACCAAAGCAAGAAGAAGAAGAAACACGUGUGGAAAUUCCUCCUCUUCGAGUCCAGAAUUGUUUAUUAAAUGUUUUUAAGCCAGCUAUUAAAUAGUUACGCCAAGGCAGUACGCCUGAAAUCAAUCGUAAAUCCCUGGUGUCGCAACAAAUCCUUCGCUGCUGCUAUGUCAGAGGCUCUGGACAAAUUGGAGCUGGAGAAGGAAGCCCGCAAGGUGGCCAAAAACUUAGAAGAUGAGGCUGUUAAGGACACAAAUCGCAUCAAAAGAAAUCUGAAGCGAAAAAAGUGGGUUGACUGGAAAGCUCAGGACGAGCAGGAUGCAGCUAACGGCGUUAAACGGGCGCCUUUCGAUCCUGCCGAUCGCAUCAAGCGUAAGAAGAGCGCCAUUUUACUAAGCUACUGCGGGGCCAACUACUACGGGAUGCAGCGCAAUCCUGGCAUGCAGACCAUCGAGGAGGAGCUAUUUAAGGCAAUGCUCAAGCACAAGUGGAUAACGGAGGACAGCUUCGAGCAGGUGCAGAUCGCCUGCUUUCAGCGAGCAGCCCGCACGGACAAGGGCGUCUCUGCUGCCCGCCAGGUGUGCUCCGUCAAGCUGCCCGAGGAACUGGACUUGGAGGCCUUCAAUGCCGAUCUGCCCGAGCAGAUACGACUUUUUGGAGUGGAGCGCGUGACCAAGGGCUUUAAUGCCAAGGAUCAGUGCAACGCCCGGACAUACACCUAUACAUUGCCGACAAUGGCCUUUGCAUCCUGCGAAGAAAAAAUUGAGGACUUGCACGACACUUUUCGCAUUUCACCAGAGCUGCUGGAGAAAGUUAGGAACACCCUGAAGCUUUACGAGGGCACAAAGAACUUUCACAACUUUACUAGCAAGAAAAACUUUCUGGAUCCCUCGUCCAAGCGCUUUAUCAUGUCCUUCACCAGCAGCGAUCCAUUCCAGAGCCCUCAGGGAAUUGAGUUCGUCACUUUGAAGGUCAAAGGUCAGAGUUUUAUGCUGCAUCAGAUCCGAAAGAUGGUGGGUCUGGCCAUUGCUAUUGUAAGGGGCAACACAACGACGACGAGUUUAGAGCGGGCACUGACGGAGGAGCGCCUUGACCUGCCAAUGGCUCCUGGAUUGGGUCUGGUGCUGGACACGGUACAUUACGAGCGCUACAACGAUCGCUACGGCAAGGAUGGCAUCCAUAACCCACUGACGUGGCAGGCACAAGAAACGCAAGUGCAGGAAUUCAUCGAACGCGAGAUCUUUAGCCAAAUCUACAAGACGGAGGCCGAGCAGCGUAAUAUGCUCGAUUGGAUAGGAACAUUGCAUUACCACUCGUACGAUACGCGAAAGGAUGACGCUCCUCCAGCUCCUACGGAUGGAAAAAAGGGCAAGGAUGGGGAUGAUGACGACGAGGAAUGAGCGUAUUGGAUGGGCAUUUUUUUAUAAAGCCAAUAAAUGAUUUUAUAAGUUGAAAUUGGACUUUAAAAUAGCAAGCA